AUGUCGCGCCAUCACCCUGAUUUGGUCAUGUGUCGCAAGACCGCCGGCAUCGCCAUCGGCCGCCUCUGCGACAAAUGCGACGGCAAAUGCCCCGUCUGCGACAGCUACGUCCGUCCCACAACCCUCGUCCGCAUCUGCGACGAAUGCUCUUUCGGAAACUACCAGAACAAAUGCGUCGUCUGCGGUGGCGAGCAUUAUGAAGGCAACUAUGGCUAUUCGGGACAUCUGGUCACGAACAUUGCGAGACACUGCGCCGAUGGGAAGUGCCUCGCCAUGGCAUUGCACCAAAGACCUCAGGUCAGGAACGCGAAGCAGAGAUCGUCAGAUUAA